AUGAAAACGGUACGGCACUCGGAACAGACACUUAGAACAGCUCUCAUCUCAAAGAACCCAGCACUUGUGUCCCAGUAUGAGAAGCUCGAUGCUGCAGAGCGGCGUUUGAUGAACGAAGCCUUCCGACCAGCCAGUGAUCUCUUCGGGCCCAUCACCUUGCAUUCGCAGUCAGAUUGGAUCACCUCCCAUCCUGAGCCUCCCCAAGACUUUGAAGAUUUUUUCAGUGAUCCUUCCAGAAAGACACCCUCUCGAGAGAAACACAGGAUUUAUAUACAGUGCAUCGGAUCUCUAGGAAAUACCAGAAUUAUCAGCGAAGAAUAUGUUAAAUGGCUCAAGGGCUACUGUGAAGCAUUUUUCUAUGGCUUGACAGUGAAACUCCUAGAACCAGUCCCUGUCUCUGCAACAAGGUGUGCCUUUAGAGUCAAUGAUAGCACGAAGAACCUACAGAUACAUGCAGGUGUGGGGAUAUUCAGCUUCGCCAGGUAUGCCGGUGACUUUUACAGCUCAAGCUACAAAGGCAAAGUGAAGGCGUCGCAGAGACAAUCUUUGCGUGACUAUUCGGCGUUUGAUAACUAUUACACUCCUGAAGUGACCAGUGUUCUGCUGCUUCGGUCCUGCAAGACUUUAACCCACGAGAUUGGACACAUAUUUGGACUUCGACACUGCCAGUGGCUGGCAUGCCUAAUGCAAGGCUCCAACCACUUGGAAGAAGCUGACCGGCGCCCCCUAGAUCUGUGUCCCAUCUGUUUACGCAAGUUGCAAUGUGCUAUUGGCUUCAACAUUGUAGAAAGAUACCAAAAACGCUUCACCAACUCAAUGAAAAAGAAUUCUGAUCCAAAGAACAUCCUCAAGUAUUCUUAG